AUGGAAGCGACGUUUUUCCUGAUAAUGGCGUACUCCCACACGUUCACGCAAGGCAUGACGGCUCUGUCGAUAGGUGUCGCCUUCAGCGGCUUUGCUAUCUCCGGAUUCAACGUCAACCAUCUCGACAUAGCGCCGAGGUACGCCAGCAUUCUGAUGGGCAUAUCCAAUGGGAUCGGCACGAUAGCAGGCGCCAUUUGUCCGUAUGUGGUCAGGAGGAUAGUCACGCAUAGGUCAAGAGAAGAAUGGAAAAUAGUUUUCAUAAUAUCAGCAUUCAUACACUACUCUGGCAUCAUCUUCUACGGGAUAUUUGCCUCAGGGGAACUUCAAUCCUGGGCAGAUCCUACUGCUGAGGAGCAGAAACAAUGGAACCAGAUGUCGAUAAAAAAAUCAUCGACUGCUCUACCCCCACGUCCCCCCAGGCCUGCCGUUCCGCCUCUGGAGGCAGACGCACCGCCGGCGGUCCCGUGGCCGCCCGCGCCCACGCAGGAACCGCCCGUGGUCCCGUCGGCCGGCAACCCCUUCCGGACCGCCUCGAACCCCUUCAGGCAGGAGGCGGUGCAGCCGGUGGCGCAGGACAGGUACUUGCACGGUACCAUCGCUGAUAGAACGUACUAA